CGACGGUGACGACCACGAAGACGACCACGGCGGCGGUCACGACGCCGACAUCAACGACGACCACGACGACCACCACGAUAUCUAUAACAAAUUCGAUAAAAACUAUAACACUGGCAGUAAUAGUAAAGACGUCAAUUACAAAAAGAAAAAAAGUGGUGUUAUUACUUCAAUGUGCAUCUUUUACAGAGAGUUUCAUUACAUUGGCUGUGUUCAAUGUAAUAGUUGAGAAAAUUAAAUGUGUAAACAAGAUAUCACAGACACCAUGGAUGCAACAAGCAAUGGAACACCAGGGAGUGCAGUGGCUUGUCCAGUAUGUACCCUCUACUUACGCGAGGGUAUCAGCUUACAAAGACAUUUGGACACUCAUCCCAAGGAACAAGUUAUUGAAGCUCUUAUUAAAGCUAGUACUAAUUCUUUACAUUUGCAACAGACUCAAUUGUCACCAACUGCACCUCCAGCAUCUCCAGCUAUACAAUCACCACAAAGUACAUCUCAAGUUACACAGAAUACUCAUGUAUCAGCUCAAUCUCCAUAUCCUAUAGGACCUAUUUUGAGGUCCCCUAUUGGUACUGUAAUGCCACCUCAGUUUGCUUCAUUUAGUUAUCAACAGUUUGUAAAUAAUGGCACUAUGAUGAUACCACAAUACGCGAUGGGUCCACAAGCUAAUCAGAUGAUGCAGAUGCUCUAUAAUCCGUAUGGUAUGUACCAGCAACAACAGAUACCAACUGUUCAGAUGAUCUCACCGGUCACAACUAUAUCUAAUACAGCUAGAAUUAGGCCAGUGGUGACUAUGGCUGGUGAAACAAGUGGUAGAACUGCCAUUGCUGUAUCUGUAAAUAAUUCCGAGCCAAAACAAAUUUUACCUGAAUUUUACCUGAGCCAGAGGCAAGAGUCUGAACAAGUGUUACCAGACAUCAAUCUUCCAGUAUCUCCCCCUGCAUUAAAUGAAGAUAGCUCUAUACAGCAAAAUGAAAAUGGAACUAGUACAAUUCAUGAACAUGCAGAAGAAGCACACAGUUCAAGUGCUGCAUCACAUAAUAUGCAAAAUGAAUAUGAUAGCAUUCCAAAAACAUUAGAAAUCACUUGUAAUGUUGUUAAUACUUCAGAUGAUAAAGUUGAAAGUGUUCUACCAGAUAUUGAUGAUGGAGAAUCAUCGCGUGUUAUCACUGCAGAUGUUCAUUAUGAAUCAUCAGAAAUGCAGGAAUAUGUGCAUAGAUAUAAAGAUGAUGAUGAUAAUAAUAAAAUUAUCAUGCCUGAAAUAUCAUCUGUGGUUAGUGAGAGUGAAACUGAUAAAACAACUAAUGAAAAAGUUCCUCACAGAAAAGAGAUAAAUGAAAAUCAAGGUACCUCAUCUGAAAUGCCUAGAAAAGAAUCGGUUCAACCUCAAGUAGAACAAUUAGACCACCUUGUAAUUACUAUUGUGGCAUCUGAAUUUAAUGGUGAAUCAGAAAAAGAGUCCAAUGAUAAAAAGAAAGAUGAAGGUCUGAUACAAAAUUCUUCCCUUGAAAGAGCAGAAAGUGUAAUUCAUGAAACUAGUAAUUCUAGUGAACAUGAUACCAGUUGUAAAUCUGACAUAGAAAUAAAAAUUAAUGAGAGUUCAGAAACUUAUCUAGAUAGUGAUGAAAAUAAAAAUUCUUGUCUUUUAUAUCAUUAUAAAAACAGUUUAUCUGCACCUGCAUCACCAGUGGUACAAAGAAAAUAUAGAACAUACUCGGUUCGUUCAGAUUUUGGUUCGAAUGAAAAUCUGAAUUCAUGUCCAAUUGGUUUUGAUGCAAAUACAUUGCAAGAUGAAGACGAAGAGGAUGAAAAGAAUGAAGCAGAAAAUAAUUUUGAUGAGGCAGAUAUGGAAAUAGAAGAAAUACCUAGCCCACACACACCUUUUGUUAAAUAUGGAGAAAGUACAGAUCAUGUUAGAUCGCAUACUCCAUUAUCUGUAAGUAGUGGUAUCUCUGUAUUGAGAGUUAGAAAAGAUCUCAGUAAACCAUGUUCACCUGCAUCAGUGCAUUCAUUUUGUCAUAUGGAUGCUAAUGACCUAAGUCAUGAUGAAGAAAGUAAUGGAGCAAUGGAUACAUCACCAGAAAAAGAUCCUAUUGAUUGUUCUUCAAUUGAACAAGAUGUAAAAGCUGAUCAAUCAGAACUUUCUUUGUGUGAAAAUGAAAAGAAAGUAGGAGACACAGCAUAUCAGUCUGUAAUCACUGAGCAUGUGAGUUCAUUUCCUACAAUUCAUUCGCAACAAUCAACAUCCAUAGAAGAAUCAUAUAAUGCAACAAAUAAGAAUCAUAAUCUUGUAAAUUUGUCAGAAUCUAGUGAUAUUGCAAGCAGUUCUGAUUCAAAAUGCUUUCAUUCAUCUAAAUCAAUUAUACAAAAGCAAUCAGUGGAACUUCUUAGUUUAAAUGAGGAUGCUCAUGCAGGUCCAAUGAAUAUGUUUGAAUUAGAUGGUCUUCAAAUAUUAGUUCCUAGUACAUUUAUAAGUGAUUCUUCACAAAAAGCUGUUAGUGCAACCAGUCAACAAUCUAUGGCAAGUAGCGAAGGAGGAAUAGGUGUAGAUGAAGAAGUGAAAAGUAUUAACAUGAGGGCCGAUGAAACUAUGCCACCCAGAGGUGAAUUAUCAGAACAGGAAAGCAAUGGGUGUACAGAACAAUCAGCUUGGCAGUUGUAUGCUGGUCACGAGUCGUCGUGUAUGUCAACCUCUUAUGAUUUGAUGGCACGUGAAAGUUGGGAAGAAUCUGAAGGAUCGGACAAUGAAAUUAGUGGCCCGUUAUUAGAUAGCAGAUCUUUAGCUACACAUUUUAUCAGUUUAUUCUUAGAUCGAGAUAGAAAAACACCGACAAAAAGAACAUUUAAAUGUUACCAUUGUCCAGAAACAUUUGAUUGUCCGAAAGAACGUCGAGUACACAGUACUACCGUGCAUCAAGAAGCUGGACCCAGUAGCAGUAGAGAAUCAACAGAUCAACCUGAAAUAAAAGAUAUUAAGUUAUUGGAUGGUCGGAUGAAUGCAUUUGACGAUUUUUUUGUACCGGGUUUACAUGUUCAGCAAGCUUACCAUCAACAGCCACUUUUACAUCAACAACCACUUUUACAUCAACUACAACCACCGCAAUCAUUGGAAUUAAUAGCAAAAGUAGAAUCUGAUCAAAAGAUUGAAACGUUGGUAAUACCAUCGAACAUCGAAGUGCUUUGUACACUUUGUAAUCAACGAUUUAGUAGUGAAAAAUCAUUACAGUUACAUCAUAAAAGAGUACACGUUACCGAAACAGCGAAGAGAAUUCGAGAGAGUACCAAGUGCCAGAUAUGUAACGAAGAAUUUCCUUCAGUUUUACUAUUUAAUGCCCACCUAAAAAUACAUCCGUUAGAAUGUAGCCAGUGUGGAAAGUAUUUUUAUAGGAAACAAAAUUUUAAAUUACACGUGAAAAGACAUCUAGGAAUCAAACCAUUUCCGUGUACCGUUUGUGACAAAGCAUUUUUGACGAAACAAAAAUUAGACGAACAUACUAAUGGCCAUACCGGGAAUGCACCUGUCAAGUGUAAUCUUUGCAAUGAAACGUUUCGUAGAUAUUCAAAUUUAACUCAACAUAAGAAUAGACAUCAUCUGAAUAUAAAAAAGAAAUUGAAGGAUUAUAUAUGUCAUUGCGGUGAGAUAUUUCAUACAAAGAAAAAAUUAGCUUGGCAUAAGGAGACGCACGAUGAGAAACCGAAAGCAUGUACAUACUGUAACGAAAGAUUCAUUCACAUGGCUAGCCUGACUCGACACAUGCGUCGAGCUCAUAACAGAAGAUUUGUUCCCGAUGCUCAAAGAGAGAAUGAAAAUGUUGAAUGUCCCAUAUGUAAGUGUAUUUAUUUGCGAUCUUCCUUAGCAGUACAUAUGCGAGUUCAUAACGGCGAAAGACUAGAAUGUCAAGUUUGCUCUAAAACGUUUAGUACUAAGUGGAUACAAUUGCACAAAUGGACUCACGCUGCUCGUAGCACCAAACCUUUUAAAUGUAAUCAAUGCAGUGCCGCGUUUAACCGGCACAGCGAUUACACUGCUCAUAUGAAUUCUCAUAGAAAUGUGCGUCCUUUUACCUGCAAUUAUUGCGGUGCGCAAUUCAUACGAAAGUAUAAUUGUUUAAGGCAUGUAAAAGAACACGAGGAGAACAAAGCGUAUACAUGCGAUGUUUGCAACAAAACGUUUCAUAGAUCAUAUUAUCUAAAAGAACACUUGCGAGUACAUUCAGGUGCCAGACCAUAUACAUGUCAUAUUUGCGGAAAGUCUAGUGGUACGAAAUCCAAUCACAAUAAACAUGUCAGAAUUCAUCAUGCACGCGAACCUGUAAAUACCGAAAAUUAAAGGACGAACGAGAUUUCCAAUCUAUUUAGUCAAUAUUUAAUAUUGUUUUACAAAUAAUGAAUUACAAUAUUUUAAACGUAUUCUUUUAUCUUUUAUUUCUUUAUCUAUUGAUAGUAGAAACUAAUUGAGCACAAAACAAAACGUGACCGAAACAAAUGUAAUAUUUGUUUAUGACCUUAUAUAGUUUUGUUUAAAUCUCGUUCGUUUUUAUUCUUGUUUAUUACAUACUUUAACAUAGACAUUUUAAACUUGAAUUUAUCCUGCUAGUAUUAACUAGCGGUAUUAUCAAAUGUAAAAGGUUUAAUUUGUCUUAUCCUGCAAGAAAAAGACGAUUUUACAUUAUGUACUAUGCAUUGUGCAUUAUGUGUAGCACUUCGAAAAUUUUCGUCAUAUAGUCUGCUAAAUACAAUGACUCGAGACUGUAACUACUUAAGAUAAUAAGAAAUUUUUAAUGAAUAUUAACUGAUACAUGUUGUCUGGAGAUUUGAGUAAUUUCCAUAAAAGGAAGACUAUAAGAUGAAAUGCUUUUGCCAACUUACACUAAUUAACUAUUAGGUAAUAAUAACUAACUGAUCAAUAUUAUGGAAUCAUUAAGCACUUUUUAUGUGUUGAUUAUUGUACGAAAUUUUUUUACAAUAACUAUUUUACACGAAGCAUGCAUAUUGUGAUUUUAUGCAUUGGCAUUGAAUGUGAGAAAGGAUAAGAAGGCCCAUAUUGUAUCUGCGUUAAGUUUAUAACGCAUAUGGCCCUAUUGAUAAUUAGCGUUAUUAAUUAUCACAAGGUAGUUACGGAUCUUAGUUAUUAUUCUUUUAUAUUUAUAUAUUUUGCAAAAUAUCAUAAUUUUUAUCUCUAAUCGUAAUUCCAAGACUGAUCGAUGUUGGUUCCUCAUAUUGCUCUCUAAUAACAGUGAACCUUGAUAUAUUAAAUAUAUAUCUGAAGUAAUAAGAAAAAUUUGUGAAUCUAAAGGAACUAGUGCAAAGUUUCAGAAAAUAUAUUUACCAGUAUGUUUGGUAUGAUAAUACUAUGGCAAAUAUCUUAACAGUUGGUUGUUUUGUAUUGAGAUAUUUGACAAUUCAUUGUCAUUUAAUUUUGUAAGAGAGCAAUAUGAAAAUAGUGGAGCGCUGAACUACUACACGUAUUCAAAUUUCGUUGUACCGUAUUAAAGGAUCCGUUGUUGUUGUGAAAUUAAGUUUCUGUAAAACGUUAUUUCAAAUUUAAACAAAACUGCAUGCAACAUUUUAAAAGAUUAUGCUGUUUCCGUAUAAUAUAUGGAGUUUCUAUUUGUUAAUAAUUAUUUGACGAAUUAUUUUUUUAGAAUUCAUAAUCUAUUAUCUGUUUGUUUUUGUUCGUAUGCAGAAAAGAAACUGUGCUUCGUUGUAUUUAAAUAUAUAAUAGUUUUUAAUAUUGUCAACGAUCAAGUAAAACUUAUUUACAUACAUAUAUACAUGACCAACAUCGACGUCCAAACGUGCAAUCGUUUAGUUAAACACGUGCAUUCUAACUGAAUGCGAUUGUAGAUAAUGUAAAUAUGUAUAUCAGUUUUAUUUUAUAACUGGGCCAACGAAUUGUGUUGGCAACUAAUAAUUGUCUAAAAGCAAACUCGUACUCUUAUGAGAAUAAAAAUAGGAUAAUUAUUAUCAUAAAAAGAAACUAUAAAUCAGCAACAUGUGUAUACCUUAAUAAAAAUUAUGUAUUGAGGUACUUUUUUAAAUAAGUUUUUCUUUGCAUUUUUAUUAUUAGUACCAAUACCGUGUUUAAUCCUUGUUUGUCAAUGUAAAAUAAUCAUAUUUAUGCAAAAAAAAAACCAAGUGUAAAAAUGUUGAAAAAAAUUUUAUAAAGAUUAAACUACUUUAAUAUUAUAUUUAUAAAAUAAUCUUCAUACGUUUAAAUGUAAGCGUCUGCUAAAUUUAAUUAUUAAAAGAAUAUGAAAAAUUUAUUUUUUAUUACACAAUAUGCUGAUUAGCGAUUAAUUUUAAGUAAAUGAAGUUUAUUUAAAUUUAUAUAUACAGUACGAUUAUUAUUUAAU